AUGUAUCCAGGUUCCUAUCCGUUUUCUAAGGGAGGCAGGAUAGUCAUACAGUUGCCCAUAAGCAGCGUCCUUCGGGAGACGCAGGGCAACGACCAGAAGCGUCCUUCGGGAGACGCAGCCCAUAAAAAGCGUCCCAAGGGAGACGUAGGGUGCGCCAGGAAUUUCCUAAGGGAGGAUAGUAAUACAGUUGCCCAUAAGCAGCGUCCUAAGGGAGGCGCAGGGCGACGACUAAAAGCCUCCGUUUGGAGACGCAGCCCACUAAAAAAGCGUCCUAAGGGAGACGUAGGGUGCGCCAGGAAUUUCUUAAAAGGAGGUCUCCAUGCCUCAUGCGGGAAGUAUCCAGGUUCCUAUCCGUUUCCUAAGGGAGACAGGAUAGUCACACAGUUGCCCAUAAGUAGCGUCCUUCGGGAGACGCAGGGCGACGACCAAGCCAUCCUAAGGGGAACCCUAGCACUCAUGAAUCUCCAAAGGGAGAUAUGCAAUCAAGACACUAGCUGGUUACUCAAGCAGUUCACAAGACAAUAUGCAAAUUAA